UUGCUUGUCCAGUCGCUGACUGCUGGGCCGGUUGGCCGGCCGGGUUUGUAAGUGUCAGAGGUCGCUGGGCUGCCCCCCAGCCGUGCGCUCGGAGAGAUGGACGGCUAGAGCCCGCGGCCCUCCGCCUCCUCCUCCUCGCCGCCAGCAUGUUCGGCCGCUCCCGCAGCUGGGUGGGCGGUGGGCACGGUAAGGCCGCCCGCAGCAUCCACUCCUUGGACCAUCUCAAGUAUAUGUAUCAUGUUUUGACCAAAAAUACCACAGUAACGGAUCACAACCGCAAUCUGUUAGUGGAGACUAUUCGUUCUAUAACUGAGAUCCUUAUAUGGGGAGAUCAGAAUGACAGCUCCGUGUUUGACUUUUUCUUAGAGAAGAACAUGUUUGUUUUCUUCUUGAACAUCCUGCGUCAGAAAUCUGGUCGUUAUGUAUGUGUACAGCUGCUGCAGACCUUGAACAUCCUCUUUGAAAAUAUUAGUCACGAGACAUCACUCUAUUAUUUGCUCUCUAAUAACUAUGUAAAUUCUAUCAUUGUCCACAAAUUUGACUUUUCUGAUGAGGAGAUCAUGGCAUAUUAUAUCUCAUUUCUGAAAACACUUUCCCUGAAACUCAACAAUCACACUGUACACUUUUUUUACAAUGAGCACACUAAUGAUUUUGCCUUGUAUACGGAGGCCAUUAAAUUUUUUAACCACCCAGAGAGCAUGGUCAGAAUUGCUGUCAGGACUAUAACUUUAAAUGUCUACAAAGUGUCAUUGGACAACCAGCCUAUGUUGCACUACAUUCGAGAUAAAACUGCUGUCCCCUACUUCUCCAACCUUGUUUGGUUUAUUGGGAGCCAUGUGAUAGAACUGGAUAACUGUGUGCAGACUGAUGAAGAGCACAGAAAUAGAGGCAAAUUGAGUGAUUUGGUAGCAGAACAUCUGGAUCAUUUGCAUUAUCUUAAUGAUAUCCUCAUCAUUAAUUGUGAAUUCUUAAAUGAUGUGCUCACAGACCACCUACUUAAUAGGCUGUUUCUGCCUCUCUAUGUGUAUUCAUUAGUAAAUCAAGAUAAGGGUGGGGAGCGUCCAAAAAUAAGUCUCCAAGUUUCUCUCUAUCUUCUCUCACAAGUUUUCCUGAUUAUACAUUAUGCACCUCUGGUGAACUCACUGGCUGAGGUUAUUCUUAAUGGAGACCUUUCAGUAUUCUCCUCAAAAGUUGAGCAAGAUAUCCAGAGAAAUUCAGCAAAAUCAAGCGUCAGAUGCUUCAUAAAACCUACAGAGACACUGGAGAGAUCUCUUGAAAUUAACAAGCAUAAGGGAAAGAAGAGGUUGCAAAAAAGACCCAAUUAUAAAAAUGUUGGUGAAGAGGAGGAAGAGGAGAGAGGACUUGAGGAUACUCAAGAAGACCCAGAUAAGGCUAAAGGUACAGAGGGUAGUUCAAAAGGCAUCAAGGCAAGUGGGGAAAAUGAAGAAAUAGAGAUGGUAAUCAUGGAGCGGUGUAAGAUGUCAGAAUUAUCUAUCUCAACGGUGACAGAGCAGAAUACAACUGAUGAAGAAAAGAGUGCUGCUGCCUCUGGGAGUGAAAUGACAAACUGGAGCAGGCCUUUUCUCGAUAUGGUAUAUAAUGCACAGGACUGUGCUGAAGAUGAUUACUAUGCUCUCUUUGUACUUUGUCUUCUGUAUGCAAUGUCUCAAAAUAAAGGAAUUGACCCAGUCAAGCUGGAGAGAAUUCAGCUUCCAGCCCAGCAUGCUGAGGAGAAAAGCUCAUACAACCACGUGCUUGCAGAAAGGCUCAUCAGGAUAAUGAAUUAUGCUGCUCAACCAGAUGGAAAAGUUCGUCUGGCAACACUGGAACUGGGCUGUCUAUUACUAAAGCAGCUGGUAUUAUCUAAAAGUGGCAGUAUUAUAAAAGAUGUUCACCUUGCUUGCCUUGAGGGUGCAAGAGAAGAGAGUGUUCAUCUUCUGCGGCACUUCUAUAAGGGCGAAGAGAUUUUUCUGGAUAUGUUUGAAGACGAAUACAGGAGUAUGACAAGUAAGCCCAUGAAUGUGGAGUACUUGAUGAUGGAUGCCUCCAUUCUUCUCCCACCAACCGGGACACCACUAACUGGUAUUGAUUUUGUGAAAAGACUGCCAUGUGGAGAUGUGGAAAGAACACGAAGAGCAAUCAGAGUUUUCUUCAUGCUCCGUUCACUGUCACUGCAUUUGCGAGACGAGCCAGAAACUCAGUUGCCAUUGACAAGGGAGGAGGAUCUAAUAAAAACAGAUGAUGUUCUUGACUUGAAUAACAGCGAUUUAAUUGCUUGUACAGUGAUUACAAAAGACGGAGGUCAAGUUCAGAGAUUUCUGGCUGUGGAUAUUUACCAGAUGAGUUUAGUUGAGCCAGAUGUUGCCAGACUGGGCUGGGGAGUAGUUAAAUUUGCGGGCCUUUUGCAGGAUAUGCAGGUAACUGGAGUAGAAGAUGACAGCAGAGCUCUGAAUAUAAUAAUUCACAAACCUGCAUCUAGUCCGCAUUCUAAGCCCUUCCCCAUUCUCCAAGCCACAUUUAUUUUUUCUGAUCACAUUCGCUGUAUCAUUGCGAAGCAGCGUUUGGCAAAGGGCCGCAUCCAAGCUCGACGUAUGAAAAUGCAGAGAAUUGCGGCUCUCCUGGAUCUUCCUGUCCAGCCUUCAACUGAAGUGAUGGGUUUUGGACACAGCUCUGCAGCUGCAUCACAGCACCUGCCAUUUAGAUUUUACGACCAGUCACGGCGUGGCAGCUGUGACCCUACUGUACAGCGAUCGGUUUUCGCAUCUGUGGACAAAGUCCCAGCAUAAACGUGAACAGCAAGGACUGCCAUUCAAGCCCUCAGGUCACCACGGCAGAGAAGAGAAAAAAGAAACAAAAAGAUGUCAAUGGAAGUCCCCUAGAGAAGACACAGAAGAGGUAUUACACAUUGUAGAACAGCUGGUACAAAGAAUUCUCCUGGAUCACUGAUAGUCGAUGUGAACAAAUAUUUGAUUUCUGCAAUAUCUGUGGAUGUGACUUUACUGUAAUCCAGGAUGAUAUCAGACAAUGUGGCAUCAAUGACUGGAGAAAUAACUUGGUGCUGUUCAGGCUGAAACAAAUCAAGCAAAACAGAGUCAACAUGGGCUGACUCUGCCGUGUAGCAAAUAUCUACAGCAAAUCCAGAAUAAAACUUGCAGUACCUGCUGAAGAACUUAUUUCUGAUGUAUACUGUCACUUCUCUUCAAACUCCUAAAGGUAUCAACUACUAAAAGAGUAUGCUCUCUUCCUCGACACUGAGCCAUUGAAUAUAACAAGCUUCAGCAUGAAGAUGCCUUGGAACUUCUGUUGAAAUGAACAUAUAAAAGACUGCAUUAUUUAAUGGCACCGUACUAGGUAACGCUAUUUAGAAAUUCCCCUUAAGAGAUCAGCUGUUAAAAAAACGCAGCUAAAGCUGUCUGAUCUGCUGCCACAUUAGAGAUUACAAGUAAUGCUGAAGAAGCCAGUCAGCGUAUGGAUCAGUUUUCAGUGCAUCAGCUCCAAGUUAUAGCUGAUCUUCUACAAGAACCAGUAGAGGCAGGCAGACUGGAGUGCUAUGCUUAAAAGAAUGGAUGCAGCUUGUGGAGAAAUAAAGCUUUUUGAGAGACUUGUAAUGACUGGCUUGUGUUUGCCCCACUCAAAUGUUGACCCUGAACAUGCUUUCAGCAUUGUGACAAAGGUAAAAACUGAGCUGAGACAAAGCCUCAACAUUAAAACACUUAACACUGAUUUCUGUUAAAAUAAGCGGAAAUCAUGAGUGAAGGGAAGUGUUGGGGUUGGCAAAAAAGCAACCCCAGAGUAUAACAAUAGUGUGUUAGAACAAACUGACUUUUUAUUUUAGUGUUAAUAGAGGUUCUACAAAAACCAUGCUUUUCGUAAACAGAAUCAUUGUUUAGUUUCAUUAAAACAAGUUCCCAGCUAUUUGCAUGCUUAUAUAUUUUUUAAUAAAACUGUGUGUUCAAUAAAAAUUUGAUGUCCCUCA